AUGACAGAAGCAGUCCAAGUCGAAUACGUUGGGUGGGAGGAUGACUUUCGCUACGCCGAAGAAAAGUCUCGCAUCACGCAGCACAUUCAAAACAUCGCCCAUGACAAGAAUUUCGCCCAUGCUUGCGUGCAGGACAUGAUCAUGCGAUAUCGGUACAGAUCUCAGGGGCCAUUCAUCGAUGUGCACUUUAAGCGUGAGGAGUGGGUUACAGCCGGGCUUGAGAGAUAUGUGCCCAUCAGGCUGUGGUUCAACGAGGAUGGAGAUCUUGAGAAAGACGCGGAAGUUUACGACGAAGUGGAUAAAAGCAAGUGA